UAAGUUCAAUUUAUACAAAUAUUUACGCCGGUUAACAACUAGCAGAGAUUGAGCAGAAUCUAUAGCAGAGUUAUAAAUAAAAAUACAAAGAAUUUCAUCAUUUGCAAUAAAGAAAACUCUCGAUAAAAUGUCUAUGUUUGGAGCAGAAUUUGAACAGAUUUGGCCAAAAGCCGGCUCGCAAUUGAAAUUAACAGAAUUUGGCCGUAAACUAUUGAAACAAUGUGAAACGAUUAAGAAGCCGGAGUGUAAGGAAGUGGAUAUAAAUGAGUUUAAACGAAAGUCUUCAAAUUUUCCAUUGGAGUUUGGCACAAAUACUUGUCGUGUCUUAAGCCAACCCAAAGAACGUUAUCCCCAAAUACAAAAACAAAUCGCCUCGGCUUAUCCGGUGAUACAUGAGCGAGUCUUGCAAUUAUAUUUGGACUUUUUGGAACAUAAGUGUCAAUAUGGCACCUCCUUGGAAAAGGAAUUAUACAAUAACAUGUCUUUAAUAGAGCUAAUACAAAGACUACUAACCAAACGAUGUGUAGCUUUUGGUAGUAGCGAUGAUCACUAUCUCUUGCUGUCGGGUGAAAAAGGAUUUGGUAAUGAUUAUUUACUAAUAGGAACUGCAAAAGAGAAGAAACCUUUAAUUUUACAGAAAGUGUUAUCCUAUGAUGAAAUUAAGCUGUCUUCUUUCUUGGCCAUAUCCUCUCAUAGUGAGUUCAUUAACAAUGGCUCUCGUCUUAAUGAUGGCAUCGUUGCAACAGAUCUUAGCAAAAUAGAAAGAGAGGGUGUGGUCAUGGGUCUUAUAGGCGCUAGAUUUCAAAAGCCUUUGCUGAUGGAAUAUCAGGAUAUAAUGAUAACACCCGAACAAAAUACUAAGGAAAAUGGUUAUGGUUUUCACAUUACAAAGGAUAAAGAAACUAUAGCUAAUAUGGAUUUAUUAAAAAAAAUUGAUUAUCGAGCUAUGUGGCAAAAAUUUUAUCAACAAAAUGAUGUUGUUUAUGAUUUGGCUCUAAAGGAUGGACAACGUUUUGGAGAGGUUACCAAACCCCAUCAAAGAUUUACCCAGCACUUAAUGUUUGAUAAUUUAAUAAUGAAAAAGAGAUAUAGUAUACUAUUUGACUUGCUGCUGUUGGACAGUCAGGCUAGAGCCAAAAAGCUUAAUAAAUUGGCCUAUAUCCAUGUGGUGGGUGUAGGUUUGGGUGUCUGGAAGGUGGCCGAACAACAAACGGAAAUAUUUCUAGAAAGUUUCUAUGCCAGAGUUUUGCAACUAUUGCCUCAAUUAAAUAAUAUAGCAGCCUUGCAUUUUUCCUGGUUUUAUGCCACGGAAUCAAGAAAUCUAAAACAUAAUGGUUUUAUUAAAUCGGAAACACAUCCUUUGGGUGGCAUACAUACAUUUUUGGAGAAUCGCAAUCCCGCAGAUAAGUUGCCGCCCCAAUUCGAAGCUAUGUUAUUGAUAGUUUCGUAUGCCUGGGAUGCUAAUGCUUUGCCGGGCAAUGAAUUUUGGCUGAAAUCUCUACAUGGCUCUAAUGAUCCCUCGACUGCUUGUAGUACUUUAAUUUCGGAACUGCAUAAUCCUUUUAUUAAUAUGGAUUGGAUAAGAGGUGAUAAUUUACAUAUUGCUUCGGAGGAUAAUGGUAUUAUGCAUAUCAGUGAUUUUGUUAAACAUGUUAAUUGGUAGAAACUUAUAAAAUAAUAAAGUACGAGGAGGAGGUUUAAUAUAUGUAAGGAUCUACAAA